CGCACCGGGUAUGCAAGUCAGCGAGCGGGACCCACGAACACGAGUGGGGCCCUGGGUGGAUGCUCCUUGGUGCCAAUUCUCUGCCUGGGCCCGAGGGAGCCAAACGCAUGCAAAGAGAAACGUGCACAUACCACGCAACCACCCGAGGAGAACCUGGCAGCCUGUCUCCUCUUCUGCCAAGUUAUCAUUAAGAAAACAGGGAAGGCAUCAUGACGUCCUGGGUCACAGGGAGUGCGGACCGACGCUACCAAGAGCGAAGGGAGGCGCCUGGGCGCUCCGGCUAGCCGCGGGCGCAGCUCGGCCCCUCGCCGCCCGGCUGGGUGAGUGCUGCGCCGCUCGGGACGCGGACCCCGGGGCCCACGCAGGGCCGCCGCGCGCGGGGACACAGCCUGGGGCCGGGCCCUGGCCGCCCGCCGGCCGCCCGCCACCCCCUCGCCCCGCCGAGGUCGCGGGAGCCCAGCUCAAGGAGGCGUGUGUGAGAUGUGCGAUGUCCCUGCAUGGGGGGUUUGUAGACUUUCCUAAGCCAAAGCAACCGGGGCUGCUACGGCUGCUUUGAAAAAAAAAAAUUAAAAAAUUAAAAAAAAAAAAAAUCCCCGAGGACUCACCCGAUUAACCUGCUGCAGUUCUGACCCUGCCAAAGAGCUAUUUGCUGGUUCAUCAAUGAAACGACCUUAGAUGGCGAAGAUGUAAGGAAAGCACCCUACACUAACACUGUUGCAGUUUGAAAGGCUUCUCUGCAGAAUGUCAAACAAAGAUCGACACAUUGAUUCCAGCUGUUCGUCCUUCAUCAAGACGGAACCCUCCAGCCCAGCCUCCCUGACGGACAGCGUCAACCACCACAGCCCUGGUGGUUCUUCCGACGCCAGUGGGAGUUACAGUUCAACCAUGAAUGGCCAUCAGAACGGACUGGACUCGCCACCUCUCUACCCCUCUGCUCCUAUCCUGGGAGGUAGCGGGCCUGUCCGGAAACUGUAUGAUGACUGCUCCAGCACCAUCGUUGAGGAUCCCCAGACCAAGUGUGAAUAUAUGCUCAACUCCAUGCCCAAGAGACUGUGCUUAGUGUGUGGCGACAUUGCCUCUGGCUACCACUAUGGGGUUGCAUCAUGUGAAGCCUGCAAGGCAUUCUUCAAGAGGACGAUCCAAGGUAACAUCGAGUACAGCUGCCCAGCCACAAAUGAAUGUGAGAUCACAAAGCGCAGACGCAAAUCCUGCCAGGCCUGCCGCUUCAUGAAGUGUCUCAAAGUGGGCAUGCUCAAAGAAGGGGUACGUCUUGACAGAGUGCGUGGAGGUCGGCAGAAGUACAAGCGCAGGAUAGAUGCUGAGAAUAGCCCCUACCUGAACCCUCAGCUGGUGCAGCCAGCCAAAAAGCCAUAUAACAAGAUUGUCUCGCAUUUGUUGGUGGCUGAACCAGAGAAGAUCUAUGCCAUGCCUGACCCUACUGUUCCCGACAGCGACAUCAAAGCCCUCACAACACUCUGUGACUUGGCUGACCGAGAGUUGGUGGUUAUCAUUGGAUGGGCAAAACAUAUUCCAGGCUUCUCUACACUGUCCCUGGCGGAUCAGAUGAGCCUUCUCCAGAGUGCGUGGAUGGAAAUCUUGAUCCUCGGUGUUGUGUACCGAUCCCUUUCGUUUGAGGAUGAACUUGUCUAUGCAGAUGAUUAUAUAAUGGAUGAAGACCAGUCCAAAUUAGCAGGCCUUCUUGACCUAAAUAAUGCUAUCCUGCAGCUGGUGAAGAAAUACAAGAGCAUGAAGCUGGAGAAAGAAGAAUUCGUCACCCUCAAAGCGAUAGCUCUUGCUAAUUCAGAUUCCAUGCACAUAGAAGAUGUGGAAGCUGUGCAGAAACUUCAAGAUGUCUUACAUGAGGCCCUGCAGGAUUAUGAGGCUGGCCAGCACAUGGAAGACCCUCGACGUGCAGGCAAGAUGCUGAUGACACUGCCGCUUCUCCGGCAGACCUCCACCAAGGCUGUGCAGCACUUCUACAACAUCAAACUGGAAGGCAAAGUCCCCAUGCACAAACUUUUUUUGGAAAUGCUGGAGGCCAAGGUCUGACUAAAAGCCCCUCCGGGCCCUCCCAUCCUGCACGUUGAAAAGGGAAGACAAACCCAAGAGUGAUGUUGAAGAAUCUUAGAGUUUAGUGAACACCAUUAGAAAUCAACAGAGACUGCACUGAUAUUUUAGCAGCAACAGUACGAUGCAGCCUGUGGAUUCCGCCACAUCUUCCUGAUAGGUUUCCUCACCUUUACCCACCAUUCCUUCUGUCCCAUCCAGGUGUCUCCCACUCUCCCUUAUUCCUGCUCUUACACUUUGUUUCUUCUAUUAACAGUUCCCCCUUCCUUCUCCCUUCCCUUCCUCCCAUUCUUUCUCUUCCUUCCUUUCUUCUUCCCUCUCUUCUUCCUUUUCCCAACCUUCCUGUUUUGCCUUGAGCUCUUCCUUCUCUCACCCCCCUUCCCUCUCCAUAUUCAAUACCUCUGACUGUAAGGAACAUUUCUUUGACCUCCUGUAUCACUUCCCUUCCUUAUCCUUCCCUGUCUUUUCCUUUCUCCCCUCUGCUGCUGAACUCUUAAACGCGGUCUCUAACUGGAGAGAGAUGGAAGCCAGCCCUGCCAAAGGACAGAGAUCCAUAAUAUGGAUGCCAGUGAACUUGUUGUGAACCAUGACAUCCUCAGCGAGUAAGGAAUCAAAGAGAGAACUGUCCCUAAAGUACAGUGCAACACAAAUGAAUCGACCUAGUGCAGUAUUAGAUUCCACGGAGCAGCCUCCGAUCAGAAAACGUCAGCGGCGGCGGCAGCGGCUGCUUCUCCUUGCUUUCUCAUCUAGAUCAGUUACAGCCAUUUGAUUCCUUAAUUCUUUUGUCAAGUCUUCCAGGUAUUGGUUAGUUUAGCUACUAUGUAACUUUUUCAGGGAAUCGUUUAAGCUUUAUUCAUUCAUGCAAUACUAGAGAGGGGUAAGGAUACCGCAACUUCGCGCUGGCUUUGAACGAUUGAACACUAAAACGAAGGACAAUUGAACCCUGAAGGAAGAUUUUUAAAACAAUGUUUCGUUUCUUCUUACAAAUGGAGAUUUUUUUGUACCAGCUUUACCACUUUUCAGCCAUUUAUUAAUAUGGGGAUUUAACCUACUCAAGCAAUAGUUGAAGGGAAGGUGCAUAUUACCACGGAUGCAAUUUAUGUUGUGUGCCAGUCUGGUCCCAAACAUCAGUUUCUUACAUGAGCUCCAGUUUGCUUAAACGUUCACCGACACCAAGGAUUAGAUUACACCCACCAUGAUGCCAAGCGGCCAUAUUCACAAGCACUGUACAUGGGAUCCCUAUCCGUAGAAUUAGCACCAGUACACCUCCCUGCUGGGAGGGACAGUCGCCAUACGAUUUCUAGCUGCCCUCGUGGUUAGGAAUGAGAUGCUGCCUGUACGCAGUUACAAACUGUCUCAGAAGGAGCUGUGAGCCAAUAUCAUUUCAGAGGCAAUAAGGCUAAGGCCAGAAUUCAAACAACCCAAUCAUCAAAGACAGCAGACGCCUGACCAAAUUCUAAAACCUAAUCCGGAGGAGUUGAUUCACUUAGGAAUGAUUCUUUAAAUUAACCUGCUGGUUUGUUUUGUUUCUCUUUUGUUUUUAUCAAGAGCAAAGCCAAUAGAUGUGCUUUCACAUAGAUGUAUGGUCACAGCAUGAAAGCCAGUCAGUUUCAGAACUGUAACCAGGUGUAAUCUAAUGAAGAAAUCAGAUGCCCCCUCCCGGAACCUACAGUCGCCGAAUAACCAGAAAACAAUAACCUCCAUAGAACGCUUUUACCAAUGGACCAGUGUUAAUAGCUGCUCUCUGUAUUCUGUGGACAGUCUUAUUCUAUGUACACAGAUGUAAUUAAAGUUGUACUCCUAACAAACAAAAGAAUAGUUCAGCUUCAAUGUUCCAUGUUUGCUACGCUUUUCGGAACUUUACGUUGCAUUCAGAAACUGUCGUCUUGUUCUCGUGGUGUUUGGAAUCUUGUGGUGUGUGCUUUUAGACACAGGGUAGAAGUAGAGACAGUAUUGGAUGUAUACUUCCUCAGGAGAAUACAGUAGUAUAUUCUACUCCUUACCAGUAAUAACAGAUUGAAACUCCAAACCAGUAUUCAUUAUGAUCAGACACACAUCGAAAUCAUAAUAAUAUUUUCAAAACAAGGAAUAAUUUCUCUAAUGGUUUAUUAUAGAAUACCAAUGUAUAGCUUAGACAUAAAGCUUUGAAUAUUCAAGAAUAUAGAUAAGUCUAAUUUUUAAAUGCUGUAUAUAUGGCUUUCACCUGAUCAUCUCUCAGAUGUUGUUAUUAACUCGCUCUGUGUUGUUACAAAAACUUUUUGGUGCGGACUUGCUUCCAAAACUAUUGCUACUUUGUGUGCUUUAAGCAAAAUACCUUGGGCUGAGGACGCCUCAGCCCCGUGCUAGGAAUACUGUGUAUCUAUCAUUAGCUAUAUGGGAAUAUAUCGUAGAUUGUGGUUCUCAGUAGGGAAAGUGACUGUAGUGUGAAUCUAGGUAAAUCGUCAUUAGCAAUUCAUUUGGAUGGUCAAUAACUUGAAAUUGAUAGCUGCGGUAAGUUUAAAAAAAAAUUGGCAAAUCCCUGAAAAAUAAAUCAACAGAAAGUACAACUCCUGGGGGAUAAAAAGGUGCUGAUCCUGUAGAGAUUCUUUCAUCAUGUAAGUGUUUAAACAUUAUUUUCCAGAAGGUUUAUGCAGGGUUUAAGUUACUACUGCGUAAUCGCGCUAUAUAUACAAAUGGAAUACAGACAGUGUAGCCACUGUUUUGCUGUAUCACAUUGGAGCAUUUGGGCUUCAGAAGUCAGAGCCUGCAAGUGAUCACGUCAGACAGACACAUUUAAAGAAUGAGGUACAAUGUGUAGUCCUCAGUUUAAAAGACUUGGCUUUUCAAAACAACAAAUAUCUUGUAAUAAGGGGGGGGGGGAACAGCUUAAAAUGUAGAUCUAAAAGAAAUGCGUGGGUUUUAGGGCAAAUACUCAUUUGUACCUUGCUCGAGAAAAGUUUAUUGUUUUUCAAGUUUCAAGCAAGACCAUUUAGUUAACGCCAAGUGUCAGGAAAUCACCAAGGUGUAUGUUUUAGCCGUGCGAUUUACAGUUUUAUUUUUCUUUUAGGUUUGUUCUUAUUUAAAGCAAUAUGAUUGUGUUGACUCCUUGUAGCAACACUCGUGUUUAAUCAAAUCAGAUUGUUGUAUUUAUUCCACUAUUUUGCAUUUAAAUGAUGACAUAAAAGAUAUAAAAAAUUUAAAACUGCUAUUUUUCUUAUAGAAGAGAAAAUGGAUGUCGGUGAUUGUAUUUUAAUUAUUUAAGCAUCCCUGUUUACCUGCCUGGGACAACAUUUUAUGGCAGUCUUAUGUGCAAAGAUCGUAAAUGGACAAAACAAAAUUUAAACUGCUUACAAUGAUCCAGGAGUUGCAUUAUAGUCAGUAGUAAAAAUAAUAACAAUAAUAAUUAAUAAUAAUAAUGAAACCAUGUCUAUAGCUGUAGAUGGGCAUCACAUCUGUAAAGCAAUCAAUUGUAUAUUUUUGUGAUGUGUACCAUACCGUGUGCUCCAGCAAAUGUCCAUUUGUGUAAAUGUAUUUAUUUUAUAUUGUAUAUAUUGUUAAAUGCGAAAAGGAGCUAUGAUUCUGUGACUCCAAUCAGUUCAGAUAUGUAACUCAAAUUAUUAUGCCUUUCAGGAGGAUGGUAGAACAAUAUUAAACAGGCUUCCACUUUUCGCUGC